AUGACUACUCUCACAACUUCGUUUGCCCAUUUGACAAGUCCUCAGUUUUCGCUAUCCUCUGGUUCAAGUUUGAAAUCAGCAUGCCAAGGUGCUGUAAAUGUUAGUCAUUGUAACUUGUAUUUCAUGAGUCCUGUCCGCCAGAGCCAUAUAAAGCAUACAAGAUAUGAGAGGAUCAGGAAGACUCUAGCAGUUCAAGCAAGUGGUGAUGCUGGAAAAUCCACAAGCGGAAAUAUCUUUAUUGGUGCCUUUAUAUUGGGAGGAAUCGUAGUUGGAACACUAGGCUGUCUAUAUGCAUCUCAGAUUAGCAAGUCCAUGGCUGGGGCAGAUAGUAAAGAUUUGUUGAGAAAGCUACCAGAUUUUAUCUAUAACGAAGAAAAAGCUUUGGAGAAAACGCGAAAGAAACUAGAGGAGAAGAUCACAAAGCUAAGCAAAACUAUCGACGAAGUUUCAUCUCAGCUUCGCUCGAACCAAAUUUCCCCAAAUGAAGCUUCACAAAGUACGAUUGAACUCAUAUGAUUGAGAUAGUGAAUUGUUUGAAGCCCAGUUGUUUUUCUUCUCGGCCGAAACUUUAUGGUGGCAUUAAGUCCUUACUCCAGUCGUGGCAAUACAGAAAACCUUCAGAGAUUUUUCAUCUGGUUACGCAAAAUAUAAAUUAUCUAAAUUCUUAAAUGGAUAAUGAGUAUGUUUGUAAGAAUUGCAAUGAUC